AUGGCCCUACCAUCCGAGCACUCUCAGUCCUCUGACAAUCCUCACGAUUUGAAUGCAACAGAGACAAGCUGCCAAACUGCUUCUGUAGAAACCCUUCAAAAACAAGGUAAACCCCCCAGACCCUCUCAGAUUAAUUGGACCAAAUCCCGCACAGACAGGUUGGUCAAUUGGUUGGAAAAGCAUCCUAAACAUAGAUAUGUAUUAUUUUCAGACUCCCCUGUGGUUGCAAAGGAAGAAAACUGGGACACUUUGAAGAGCACAAAAUACACCAAGGCAGCAUUACACAGGUGUAUUGCCCGCCAUGUCUUCAACAAUGAUUCCAAUACUGAUCUUCAGAUAUCUGUUGAUCAUUACCACAAAUGGUUUGGUGAGUCUGUUCAGAACCAUCUCACAAGUAAAGCCUACAAGAGCCAUAUGUGUGACUUAGGCUCCACAGGCAGCGGUCUCAUCUCAGAUGAUCCAUCUGAUGCUCAGUUCAGUAGCCCUCUAGUCCGGGCAAAGUUCCCUUGGUGGGAUUGCCUCAACGCAUUUUGGAAAUCAUCACCGAAAUAUAACGCAAAGCCUACGACAUCCGCACCUGGCCAAAAUCUUGCAGGUCAAGCCAUGACUGUUUUUUUCUCGAUGAGGGGUGAUGAUGGGGCGUUUGAGCAAGGCAUGAACAUACAUUAUCAAGGGGGUGGAUGGGAUAUGAUAGAAUAA